AACACACACACACAAGGGAGUGAGGGAGAGGAGUGAGAUUGUGCUAUAUUUAGACUUCUCGGUCUUUGAAAUGCAAAGGGUGUGUUUACGCUCUGAGGUAAAAAUUAUCUUCCAAAAUGCGGGUAUACAACAGACGUUUCUAUGACCACGAUUCUGAAUUCGGAUCAGUUCACGGAAUGGGAUGACAAGGAAUGACAAUGUAGGCUACUUGUGAUGACCAACAGUUCAUGCAAAUAUGCCUUUACAGUGAAUCUCCACAAGGUGGCGCGUAUGUAUUUCACGUGCGUCAUUGUUGCAGCCUCGUUCCAUGCAUGCACCUGCUCCUUUUUUGUGCUGAGGUAGUACCAAGUUUUUAUCAGGUCAAAACUGUACAUUCAGAUUCUCCAAUGAUACCAAUGGUUUUCAGAACUAGGCAGAAAUCACACCUUCAUGUCUGAUAUCUGCUUGCAGUAAUCUGCAUGUUUAGCCUAACUGGCUUGGAUAGACUACAACCUUAUUCUGACCAUUCAAGUCAUGCCAAUUAUGUCCAAUAUGCGCCAUAAAUGAAAGCAAUGCAAUGAAAGUAUUGUGAGGACAUUGAUGUAUAUGUUCGGAUAGUGGUUUUCAGUGCCGCGUUGAGUUGAGGCACAUGCUUUCUGCUGCUCCCGCCCCUUCUCCGUCUAAGCGCCAGUCGGCAGCGGUACAGUAUGUGACGUCACCGUACAAAAUACCGGGAGCAGGUUGACCGCUUGUAAACAAUAACAGAGCGACUUCGUUCGGCAGAGCAGGCUGCAGAGGACUGAGGUGUAUGCGGGAAUAGUUUAUCAACGACACCGGAUGCUUUUGACUUGAUAAAUCUAUUUGGUUUAGUCAACUGCACAAUUGAAAGGAAUGGCCUGUCUGAUGGCAGCCUUUUCAGUGAACAAUACUACGGUGACCAACUCCAUCAUAAUGAACACCAACGGGCCACCUGACUUAAUGCUGGAUCCUAGGACUGUGUGUGUGUCCAUUGAUGACAUGGUGUCCAACCAUGUAGGAGGUCAGCACACGCCUCUGUUGCACGGGCACCUCAAGAAAGUGGAGAAUAACCUGACAGAAGCGCAGAGAUUCUCCUACCUUCCACGCAGACCAGCGGUCAACAUCGAGUUCAAAGACCUCUCGUACUCGGUCCCCGAGGGACCAUGGUGGAGAAAGAAAGGUUACAAGACCCUCCUGAAAGGGAUCUCUGGGAGCUUCACCAGCGGGGACCUGGUGGCCAUCAUGGGCCCCUCAGGAGCCGGCAAGUCUACCCUGAUGAAUAUCCUGGCAGGAUACAGGGAAACGGGCAUGAAAGGAGAGAUUCUGAUCAAUGGACAGCCUCGCGAUCUGCGCUCCUUCCGGAAAGUCUCUUGCUACAUUAUGCAAGAUGAUAUGCUCCUUCCUCAUCUAACUGUACAGGAGGCCAUGAUGGUGUCUGCUAAUCUUAAACUCCAGGAAAAGGAGGAGGGGAGGAGAGAGAUGGUGAGGGAGAUCCUUACCGCUCUGGGCCUUCUUGAGUGUGCCAAAACACGGACGUCCAACCUCUCAGGUGGACAGAGGAAGCGUCUGGCCAUCGCCCUGGAGCUCGUCAACAACCCACCUGUCAUGUUCUUUGAUGAGCCCACCAGUGGUCUGGACAGCUCCUCGUGCUUCCAGGUGCUCUCGUUGAUGAAGGCUCUGGCCCAGGGCGGCCGCACCGUCAUCUGCACCAUCCACCAGCCCAGUGCCAAGCUGUUCGAGCUUUUUGACAAGCUGUAUGUCCUAAGCCAGGGCCAGUGCAUAUACAGGGGGAGGGUGUCCAGCCUGGUGCCCUACCUCAGGGACCUUGGCCUCAACUGCCCCACAUACCACAACCCAGCCGACUUUGUGAUGGAGGUGGCCUCGGGCGAGUACGGGGACCAGACGGCCCGCCUGGUGAAGGCCGUGCAGGAGAGGAAGUGUGAGAAGGACUACAAAAGCGAGAUGAACGGGAACGGCCCUCUCAACCCCUUCCUGUGGCACAGGGUUUCAGAUGAGGACUCGUCCUCUUCCGAGGGCUGCCACAGUUUCUCAGCCAGCUGCAUGACGCAGUUCUGCAUCCUCUUCAAGAGAACGUUCAUCAGCAUCCUGCGCGAUUCGGUGUUGACGCACUUGAGAAUCAUGUCUCACAUCGGCAUCGGCAUCCUGAUUGGGCUGCUCUACCUGGGGAUUGGCAACGAGGCGAAGAAGGUGUUGAGUAACUCUGGCUUCCUUUUCUUCUCCAUGCUCUUCCUGAUGUUCGCCGCCCUCAUGCCCACCGUGCUGACCUUUCCUUUGGAGAUGGGUGUGUUUCUGCGUGAGCAUUUAAACUACUGGUACAGCCUAAAGGCCUACUAUCUGGCAAAGACCAUGGCUGAUGUUCCUUUUCAGGUGGUGUUCCCGGUGGCAUACUGCUCCAUAGUCUACUGGAUGACCUCUCAACCCUCGGACGCCGUCCGCUUCAUCCUCUUCCUGUCCCUGGGGACGCUGACCUCCCUGGUUGCCCAGUCCCUGGGCUUGCUGAUAGGCGCUGCGUCCACCUCUUUACAGGUGGCGACGUUUGUCGGUCCAGUGACAGCAAUUCCAGUGUUGCUGUUUUCUGGCUUCUUCGUCAGUUUUGACACGAUACCGGCAUACCUCCAAUGGAUGUCGUACAUUUCAUAUGUCAGGUACGGCUUUGAGGGGGUCAUCUUGUCCAUCUAUGGUCUGGACCGGGAGGACCUUCACUGCGAAAAAGACGAGAUCUGUCACUUUCAGAAAUCCGAGGCCAUUUUGAAGGAGCUGGACGUUGAGGACGCCAAGCUCUACCUGGACUUCAUUGUGCUGGGCAUCUUCUUCAUAACCCUGCGCCUCUCUGCCUACUUCGUCCUGCGCUACAAGAUCAACGCCGAGAGAUAGACAGGGCAGGAGAGGGCAGGAGUGGUCACAGAGUGGGCACAGAGUGGGCACAGAAUGGAGCGUUGAGAGGCAGACGGACAACAAGAGGAUGCCUUUGAUAUAGGGAAGACAAAAAACUCAAGGAGGCCAUCCUUCCCUUAACAUAGCAUGACCUCAAACCUUGCACACACACACACACACACACACACACACACACACACUGCAUAUAUAUGAGCCUGACGUCGGGGAGACAGCACACAGAGAGCCCAGGGGGUUUCCUUGUGCAUGCUGUCUGCUUUUGGGUUUUGGGCAGGGCAGUCUGAAGCACAUCUCAUAGUGACCGGUCCGGCUGGGCACGGCGGUCUCGGCAGAGCGUCCACAGAGUCUGUGAUGAAUGUGACAUAGUAAACUUGUGCAAUGUGUCCUCUGCUGCCCCGUGUGGUUGAUUGUGAAGCGGAGGACUUAUGCACUUUUCACUGAACUCCCCCAUCACCCCUAAACAAAAAUGGGAGCUCCCUCAGUCUGUUUAGGGUUUGUGCAUAAGUAUAGGACUUUCUCUUUGUCUUGAAUGCUAGGUAAGGCAGUAGUGUUUAUCUCUGUCUCGUGUCUGUGGAUGAAUACCACAAGGGAUGGGGCAGGACCACAGUAGGGGAGAGCUGGACUCUUCUCGGUCAGAUAAACCUUUAGGCAAAACUCUAAAGACAGUAACAGCCAUCAGAUCACACACUGGUCAUGAUGGCACAAUAGACUUGUCUGGAAACCAAAUCAGCAACGAACAAUCAAAAUGAAAUCUGCCUGAGUGUAUGAAUACAUGGCAUGGUCUUUUUAUAGUUUGGUUCAUAGCACAAAGCUUUAAAAGUCCUAAAAGUCUUCAGGGCCAGAUAAACAGUGAUCCAGAGAGUAGUGAAUGUAUAAACAAGUAUCUCUGUUGACUUGCUGCAACCUGAUGAUAAAGCUCACUUCUUUACUCAGGGUGCCAGAUUUGCGUAGAUUUGCGAACGCAGCGUUAUCAGCGCCAUGGCCAACCCGCAGAAAGCGUACGCUGUGCUUCUUCAUUUUACGUGGUAUUUAUCAAACCUGCCAUUCAUUGGGUAAUCAGCGCCUUUCUCCACCCCCCUACCACAAUUUGCAAAUGUUUACAACUGAACGCCAUACUUCAAUCACAAGCGCAGUUGGAUGAGGUUAACUGAUGACAACAUUAAAAGGAAUCAAAUGUUUAACCAUCAUGAAAUAAUACAAUACAUGAUAAGAUGUCAACAAGCAGGGAGAUAAUGAAGAGCAGUGGUUCUACUCAAACUACUUGUGCAUGUAGGCUGUGGAAGAUCUAGCAAGUAGGGAAGUUUAAGUGGAUGACGUGAAAGUGAAAGUAAGACAUUCGAAAGGCCAGCAAAAGUUAAGGUUGCUUUUGAUAAAGUACAAAGAUGCAAAACUAGUGCUCUGAGUAACGAUUCUGUUGUCUUUGAAAGUUUUUCUUAUUGACUCAUUUAACUGCAAUUUGGAUUAACACCUGCUUUUACAAGGCGGAAAUAUUUCACCGCAAAAAAGAAGUAGGCUUUCAUGGACAGGGGAAUACCUAAUUAGGCGCAUUUUACUUUUUACACAAAACUCCCUCUUUCCCCUGACCCUCCUAUGAAUGCAUAUGCAUGACACGGAAAAGUGCAAAUUGCCAUUCUCGGCUCCUGUGACAGGCAGUCUGUGGUUUUACCCAAGUGCGGCCUGUUUGUACAUACCACGCCAUGUUUUUAUGUGCACGUUGCGACAAAAAUACGCCUCAAGUGGGUGCAAAAGCGAUAGUACAUCUGCCCCUCAGUCUUUCUAAGGAACAAAACUUAUUUAGGAAUGCAAUUUGUAUGCAUUAUUUCAUAAUGGCUUAUGCACUGCAUAUCAGUGAGAUGUCACACAUUGUCUUGAAUAAAGACUUUUUGAGUGAUUUGUACCAAGUGGGAGGGUGCAAAAUUACUCAUCACACGGGUCCAAAUGAAUUCCCCUCUUUAUUUCAGUCGGUUUCCUGGUGAAAUUAUGUGGCAGCUUGUUUAUUUUCCAUAUUCGUGCUUCAUAUUUGUUUUUGUUUUUUGUUUACUUUAGUUAAAGGAAAAUUAACGCUGAUCAGACUUGUAAACCUCAAGAGUAUUUGGAAAUACCAAUUUUGGGAAAACAAAAACUAAAAACGAACCACCAAUUAAUAAAUCAUCACAAAAACAGCAGUACUGAACUAAAAAUUGUCACAUACUGGUCAAACAAAGCUUGCUUAUUUCUACAGUGGUUUACAACUGUGGUCAGGAAUUUUUUUCUUUUUAUAUGUCUUUUUUAUUUCACUGUUCCACACUGCCUUUGUGAUAAGCAUCUAUCACAACAAAAAGACUGAGCCCAUGGAUUUUGAAUUCUUUAAUUAAGUUAAUUUCAGCCCAACAAUGUCUCUUACAUUGAUUUAAGUGUUUAUGUUGUGCUAUGUUUGAGUCAUCAAUCAAACGACUGACGUCAUGCUAGCAGGGAAUAUUAGGGUGUAGUGGGUAAAGUUGAACUGAUUCACCCUUCAUCCUCUUAUGAGAGAAUACACUGAUGAUUUGUGUUGUGAUUUUUGUAUAUCUUUUCAUUGCAUAAUUAAGGGAUGGCCUGUGUCAUCUUCUGUGACUUGACAGGCCAGUGUCUUUCAAAUAUAAUUAGUUGUCUGCAUAAUCUUCUCCAAUUGAUGAAAUGGAUUUCCAUGUAAACAUAAGAUAUACACCAUUAAGCAAGCAUCAAUGCAAACGUCUAGAGUGUGCUUCUGCUAAAUAUGAUGAGGAUGUUUUUUUAUUUGUGUGUGAUAUGUUACGAUCUUACCUACACUGUCUCCUGCUGUAUUUAUUUAGGUCCCCAGAACUUUACUGUGAAAAUAUUGCAAUGUUAUCUCACAUGUAAGCUGUAACUGCAGUGUUAUGAAUCUGAUGAGUACUCCUUUCUAUAUCCUUUACUGUGGACCUGUUCAAAUCAAGAUUUAAUACCAUGUACAGUACUUUUAUGCAUAAAUCACUCCUGGGCAUGGGCUCAAUCAGAACUCACAAAGGAGUAUCUUAGGAUAUGGGGCAUUAUUUUUGUCAUUGGUUUCCCUUCCAUAGUUUCCCUUUGUUUAAACUGGCUCAAUGAAAAAAAAAAGACAAAAGCAUUUUGUCCCACUUGAGCACUGUCUAGGAUGCUGUAUUUUAUUAUUAUUUUGUUUUCAGGUGUUCAAAUAUGGGAUUCAUAUAAAUUCUGGACAUUUUACGUAAGCUAAAACUGUGAUGUUAUUUCUCUGUAGAGUAAUUAAUAAAUAUAUGAUAUUUUCCAAA